AUGGCUGCCUCGCAGGACAAGGCCAGUCAGUGGCCUGCAGAGCGCGUACGGAAUGAAUUCAUAAAUUACUUCAAGCAACGUGGACACACCUUUGUUAAAUCGUCUCCUGUCGUGCCACACUCUGAUCCGACUCUUUUGUUUGCAAAUGCUGGUAUGAACCAGUACAAGUCGAUUUUCUUAGGCACAGUCGAUCCGCAGUCAGACUUUGCGCAUCUCAAACGUGCCGUCAACUCGCAGAAGUGUAUUCGAGCGGGCGGAAAACACAAUGACCUUGACGAUGUCGGCAAAGAUAACUACCAUCAUACUUUCUUCGAGAUGCUCGGAAAUUGGAGUUUUGGGGACUAUUUCAAGAGCGAAGCAAUUGCCUUCUCCUGGGAACUAUUGACCAAAGUUUUCGGCCUUGACCCGGACAGACUCUACGUGACUUACUUCGAGGGCAGCGAGAGCGGAGGUCUUCAGCCGGAUCUAGAAGCGAGAGACCUCUGGAGAAAGGUCGGCGUUCCGGAGGAUCACAUUCUCCCAGGGAACAUGAAAGACAACUUUUGGGAGAUGGGUGAUCAAGGACCUUGUGGCCCCUGCAGUGAGGUGCAUUAUGAUCGCAUCGGCGGUCGAAAUGCCGCCUACCUCGUCAACCAAGACGAUCCUAACGUGCUCGAAAUAUGGAACAACGUCUUCAUCCAAUAUAACCGUGAGCCAGAUCGCUCCCUGAGGCCAUUGCCAAACAAACAUGUCGAUACCGGUAUGGGCUUCGAACGACUAGUCUCGGUGCUUCAGGACAAGUCGUCAAACUACGACACUGAUGUUUUCAUACCGUUGUUUCAGACGAUACAAAAAAUUACGGGUGCUCGUGAAUACCAGGGUCGAUUCGGAUCUGAGGAUGCGGAUGGAAUUGACACUGCCUACCGAGUUGUAGCAGACCAUGUUCGAACUCUAACCUUUGCCAUCUCUGACGGGGCGUACCCCAACAACGAGGGUCGGGGUUAUGUGAUCCGCAGAGUUCUCCGACGUGGAGCUCGUUAUGCUCGCAAAUAUUUCAAUGUGGAGAUAGGCAGCUUCUUCUCUAAAAUUGUGCCUACACUCGUCGAUCAGAUGGGAGGCAUGUUCCCGGAAAUCAAGGAGAAGCAAGCCGAGGUCAUGGAGGUUCUGAACGAAGAAGAGGUUUCAUUUGCCAAGACAUUGGAUCGUGGCGAAAGACAGUUCGAGAAUUACGCCCAACAGGCAAGGUCCAAAGGCUUAAAUAAGCUUCAUGGCGCAGAUGUCUGGAGGCUUUAUGACACCUUUGGAUUUCCCGUCGACUUGACUCAGAUCAUGUCUGAAGAGCGGGGGCUCUAUAUUGAUGAGGCUGAAUUCGAAGAAGCACGACUCAAAGCCAAAGAAGCCAGCAAAGGACAGAAGAAAGCUGCUGCCGAUACCGUGAAGCUUGACGUCCACGACCUAGGGAAGCUAGAAAAGAUGAGCGAUGUCCUCAAGACUGAUGACUCUGCCAAAUUUGAUUCUCCAAAAUUAGAGUCUGUCAUACAAGCCAUUUAUCAUAGCAAGACUUUCAUCGAUUCGACUGCGGAUGUCCCACAGGGAGAGCAAAUUGGAAUCAUUCUCGAUAAGACCAAUUUCUACGCUGAACAAGGUGGCCAGGAAAAUGAUACUGGCGUGAUUAUACUCGAUGGAAAGGCAGAAGUUGAAGUUGGUGAUGUACAGUCAUACGGUGGUUAUGUCCUUCAUACAGGCUUUGUCAAGUACGGAUCUCUUGCCGUUGGUGAUUCUGUUAUUUGCGAGUACGACGAACGUCGUCGACAACCCAUAAGGAACAAUCACACCGGAACACACAUCCUGAACUUUGCGCUGAGAGAGAUUCUGGGAGACAGUAUCAACCAGAAAGGCUCUCUUGUGGCAGAGGAAAAGUUGCGCUUUGAUUUCUCUCACAAGUCUGCUGUGACAGACAAGGAACUCGCGGAGAUUGAGAAGAAAUCUACUGAAUACAUCCGCCAAAAUUGCACAGUCUACUCGAAAGAGGUUCCCCUAGCUACGGCACGAGAAAUCAGCGGUGUCCGUGCUGUAUUUGGAGAGACCUACCCUGAUCCCGUCCGGGUCGUUUCUGUGGGGGUAGAAGUCGAAGAAAUUCUCAAAGAUGUCAAAGAUCCACGGUGGAAUGACAUAAGUAUUGAAUUUUGCGGUGGUACUCAUGUUAAAAAAUCAGGCGACAUCCGAGAUCUUAUCAUCCUUGAGGAAUCUGGAAUAGCCAAAGGCAUCCGGAGAAUUAUCGCCGUCACUGGAGACGAAGCCCAACAAGCCCAGGCGAUCGCAGCAGAGUUUGAAAAACGCUUAGAAAAUCUUCGAGCAAUGGCUCACAGUCCCGCCAAAGAGUUGGAAAUGAAACAAGUCCAGGUUGAAUUGAACCAGCUCUCAAUAUCUGCUGUUGAGAAGGCGAAAUUCCGAGACUUGUUUGCACGUAUUAACAAACAGGUGCUGGACGACCAGAAAGCUCUUCAGAAAUUGGAACUGAAGAAGGCUCUCGACAUUGUUAAAUCAUACUUCGAUGCUGAAGAGAACAAAGGUCGUUCAACUCUUGUUACCAAGCUGCCAGCGACUUCCAACGCCAAAGUCCUCGGCGAGUCACUCAACUUUAUCAAGUCUAAGAUGGCUGAUAAGACUGUAUACUUUAUCGCACCGGACCCUAAUCAAAACAAGGUCGCUCAUGGUUGCCAUGUUUCCAAGGCUGCCAGCGAAUUAGGCGUUUCACCAAGUGAGUGGGCGAGUGUUGUCUCAGGUGCUGUUGGUGGAAAGGCUGGUGGCAAAGCACCCACAGCUAUUGGCAAUGGUACCAACGUCGAGAAGGUUGACGAAGGAGUGGCCCUUGCCACCGAAUAUUUACAGAAGUUCAAGUUGUAG